CUCAGUCUCAGAGGCCCCGCCAUGCCUGAACAGCUCAAUGCAAAACCAAGAAGAUCAAAAACGCACAGGACACAGAAACCCUGAUUUUAUGUUGGAUUUAAGCCUCUCCAGCAAGGAUUCAGAUCAAAGGUUCAACCCAGAACUCAACCUGAUCGAUUGUUUCCGAAUGGGUUCUCCACGAAAUUCACCGGAGACUCCAGGUAAUGAAACUGGUCAGCCGCAAGUUUUUUCAUGCAACUACUGCCAAAGAAAGUUCUACAGUUCACAGGCUCUGGGAGGCCAUCAAAACGCACACAAACGAGAGCGAACGAUCACGAAACAAGGACAUCGAUUAGGUACUGCUGCAGUCUCAGCAGGAGCUUUUGGCCUUGGCUCAAACCCUCACUACAGGUACUCAAGCAUGGCGUCUCUCCCUCUGCAUGGCUCCUUCAAUAGGUCUCUUGGCAUUCAAGUCCACUCUAUGAUCCAUAAGCCGACUCAUUUAUCAUCCACUUCAGGUUUAUAUCCCAUUUAUGGCCAUAAUGUGUGGUCUAGAAAGCCAGCAAUUGGGAAGCUUGCCCCUGAGAAUUAUCAGUUUGGGAAAUCUGCAAUAUCGUCUUCAAGUGGUGGGGCUGCUGGCUUUCACAAGUUUUCUCUAGCAGGAGAUGGAAUUAAAGAGUAUAGGUGUGAUGGUGUUAGUCAUCUGAAAAGUAAUCAAGAUGAGUUACAGAAGCUAGAUUUGUCCCUCAAACUCUAAAUGUAGUUUCUAUCAUUUUGUUUAAUUUCACAGAUUGUGUCUUCUUUUUUGUUUCUUGAUCUUUCA